GCGGGUUAGGUUGCGGCGCGGGCGGCGGGCCGUCCUCUUGUGCUGGGGGUCUGCGCGGCCUGCAGUCCCGGGCCCGCGACGCGCCGCCCGCCCGCCCGCCCGCUAUGGAGCCCGGCCCCGACGCCCCAGCCGCCCCCGGCCCUGCCGCCAUCCAGGAGGGCUGGUUCCGAGAGACCUGCAGCCUGUGGCCUGGCCAGGCCCUGUCGCUGCAAGUGGAGCAGCUGCUGCACCACCGGCGCUCCCGGUACCAGGACAUCCUCGUCUUCCGCAGUAAAACCUACGGCAACGUGCUGGUUCUGGAUGGCGUCAUCCAGUGUACCGAGAGGGAUGAGUUCUCCUACCAGGAGAUGAUCGCCAACCUGCCGCUCUGCAGCCACCCCAACCCGCGGAAGGUGCUGAUCAUCGGGGGUGGAGAUGGGGGCGUUCUCCGGGAAGUCCUGAAGCACCCCUCCGUGGAGUCUGUGGUCCAGUGCGAGAUCGACGAGGAUGUCAUUGAAGUCUCUAAGAAGUUCCUGCCGGGCAUGGCCAGUGGCUUCUCCAGCUCAAAGCUGACUCUCCAUGUGGGCGAUGGCUUUGAGUUCAUGAAACAGAACCAAGAUGCCUUCGACGUCAUCAUCACCGACUCGUCGGACCCCAUGGGCCCUGCCGAGAGCCUCUUCAAGGAGUCCUACUACCAGCUCAUGAAGACAGCGCUCAAGGAAGAUGGUAUCCUCUGCUGCCAGGGUGAGUGCCAGUGGCUGCACCUGGACCUCAUCAAGGAGAUGAGGCAUUUCUGCAAGUCCCUCUUCCCGGUGGUGGGCUACGCCUACUGCACCAUUCCCACCUAUCCCAGCGGUCAGAUCGGCUUCAUGCUGUGUAGCAAAAAUCCGAGCACCAACUUCCGGGAGCCCGUGCAGCAGCUGACGCAGGCCCAGGUGGAGCAGAUGCAGCUGAAAUACUAUAACUCAGACAUGCACCGCGCAGCCUUCGUACUGCCUGAGUUCACGCGAAAGGCCCUGAACGACAUAAGCUGAAUCCAGGUGCCGCUGUAACACCACCCGAGACCUCAGUCGGAUUGGACCAAGGAGCUUCCAAGUUGUCAGGGGCCCAGACUCCCAGAUGACUCAUGCCCGCCCACCAACCAAGUGUUACAGGCCCCAGAACGCUGCCUGGCCUGCCCUGCCCUGCCCUGCUGGGUGGACUCAGUCUCUGUGUCUGUCUGUCUCUCUGUCUCUGUGGCGUACAGCCCCACGCCUAUACCAGCUCUGUACAGCACCGCCUAUGUCCUGUGACCCAACAAAAAACAUGUAUUUAUAACAAGCUCA